GGAAGAGGCGCAGACUGAUCCAGGUCAUUGUUAUGAUCACUGCUCUUAAGUCAGUAUUAAUGAAUCUACAGAUUUCAUCCCUGCCCCUACGCACAAGGACUCCGACUCUUCCUCGCUCUCUUUUUCAGAUUCCCCAUCCAAUGCAGCAACUACUCGCUCAAUGCCAGUACCCGCCGGUCCACGUCGCGCAGCUCCCCCGCGCAAGAAGGCGUACAAGUCUCCUCCGGCAUCCCAGCUCCCAGAGGUUCCUGUGCCUGCUGCGGCAGUAGAAGUAUCUGAAGAGGCCCCGGACUUUGAACCCACAGAAGAACCCACGGCUACUACUGAACCGGAACCUGAACUAGAGCCAGAGACCAGACCAUCUGUUGUAACGGUGACAUCACGAGAAAUAGUCGAAAGUCCAGAACAAGUCCCAGUCCCAUCCGCAGAGCAGAUCCUCGUCAUCGGUGACGUACAGAAGGAAAUUGGUGAAGUAGGCGUGAGUGUCGAGCUUGACACAGCCGAGGUGGACCCCACAGACAAGCUCGAGCAGGAACAUUGCCGUGUCGAUGCCGAUGAGCCUGCUCAACAAGACCAGGAGGAAGAAGAGCAGGAACAGGAAGAGCAGGAAUAUGAAGAGCGUGAGCAGAAGGAAGAAGACGAAGCAGAAGAAGAAGAAGCGCGUAGGCAACGCGUAGCUGCUAAACUCGCCCAGAUGGGCGCGUUUAACCCAUUUUCGGGACCUCCUCCUGUAUCCUACCAGGAUUCCAUACCCUCAACUACUGCUAGACGUGACUCGAUCACCAUUCAGCCUGUCUCGGUAGAAGAACCUCUCGACGUUGAUGAAGCAACUCCCUCUCCCCCUGCUACCCAUGUUUCGCCCCAGUCCCACGUCGAGGAAGAACUAGAACAAGCCGAAGAAGCAGGAGAAGUAGACGAGCCCGCUUCUCGUGCUGGUGAAUCCUAAUUUUACCACCUGUACUCAUGUUGUAGUGUAUUAAUCGAUCUUUGGUUGCUUUUUUGUA